UGCGCGCUUCUCUCUCCCCUCUCCUCAUAAACCCAUUGGUCGUGGUCUCGGCUCCACUACCCGACGCUCUGCUGAUCAGACUGCAGUUCUAUCUGAGGAGGGGAAGUUGGCAGUUUGGCGAGUCACGGAGAAAAGAGGCUUUGGUGCCCCCCCCGCCCCCUCCCACGCCUGGACAGUGGAAUUAUGAGCAGAGCUGACCCAGACUCUAUCAUCCUGGUUUGAAUCCGUUUCCCCACCGAGAGAGAAAUCUAACCCACCAUGGAGAUUGGACUCCGCGUUCUCCUGUCUUGCCUCAUCCAGCAGAUCGUCCAUAUAAAUGGCCGGCGUGAUGGAAGCCAUGAGGGAUGUUUACCUGGUUUCCAGCUGAAAAAAUACCAGGUGAUUUACACCGGACCUUUCCGGAAAGGCCAGCCACUCGUAAAAGUUCAAUUUGAUGAUUGUGCGGGCAACAAAGGGGUUAAAUUUGAGGUGUCCGACCCCAUCUUUCAUGUUGACGAGGAGUUCAAGUUGGCUCCUCGGAAAGACGCCCAGUUUGCCGGUCCUGUUAUUUUCAUCCACGGAAUCAGCGCACAUGCGGACGACGUGGCCGAGGUGAACAUCUCUCAGCUGCCUGAUCAUUCGCCGCACAAGCUCAAGGACAUCCUGGGUCUUGGGCCAAGCCGGAUGAACCGAUCAAAGAGGGCCCUGCUGGUCCCUCCCAUGAUCGUGACAGAGAACCAGAGACCCCCCUUCCCUCGGAUCAUUGGCAGGUCGCAUGUGAUUUCAUCAGACAGGUCAAGGAACCAUAUCUUCCGACUGACAGGACCCGGUGCUGACCAGCAUCCCAGAGGUCUCUUCACCAUUGACAUAGACACAGGAGACGUGUCAGUCAGCCGCUCACUGGACCGAGAGGCCAUUGACUCCUACCAGCUGGAAGUGUCCACGACGGACUUCUCCGGGAAUCUUGUCGAAGGGCCUGCUAUUCUGGUGAUCACUGUGAUCGACCAGAACGAUAACCGGCCCAUCUUCAAGGAGACGCGUUACACCGGAGAGGUGCUCGAGGGCUCCCCUACUGGCACCACAGUGAUGACAAUGACAGCGUUUGACGCGGACGACCCGGCGACAGACAACGCCGCGUUGCGCUACAACAUUGUGAGACAGUCACCUGACAAACCGUCCCCAAACAUGUUUUACAUUGACGCAGAAAGGGGCGACAUUGUCACAGUCAUCUCUCCAACGCUGCUCGAUAGGGAGACACUGCCCACCACCACGUACGAGUUGGAGAUUGUGGCCAAGGACAUGGCCGGAAGUGAGGUGGGCCUAACCGGAACCGCCACGGCGACCAUUACAAUCACGGACAAGAACGACCAUGCCCCUGAGUUCACACACCCACUGUUUGAGGCUUACGUGAAUGAGGGCUCAACUGGUGUGGUGGUCAACCUGACUGUGGAUGACCGAGACGACCCAGCGACAGGCGCCUGGAGAGCUGUUUACUCCAUCAUCAACGGAGAUCCAACUCGAAGCUUUCACAUUCAGACCAACCCUGAUAACAAUGAAGGGAUGCUGUCUGUUAUAAAGCCUUUGGAUUAUGAAGCCACAGCUUACCACAAGCUCUACAUCAAAGUUGAGAAUGAGGACCCCCUUGUUCCUGACGUCGGCUACAAUCCCACUUCCACAGCAACUGUCCAAGUCACGGUCCUGGACGUCAACGAGGGCCCGGUGUUUUUCCCUGACCCGCUGAUGGUCACGAGAAUGGAAAACAUUCCAGUCGGCAGCUUUGUUGCGUCACUUAACGCAACAGAUCCAGACAUCCUGCAGAGUCAAAGCGUCAGGUAUGCUGUUUUGCGGGACCCUGCUGGCUGGCUGAGCGUGAACCCAGUUGGGGGAGCGGUCGACACGUUUGCCCCCCUGGACCGAGAGUCUCCAUAUGUCCACGAUAAUAAAUACACAGCUCUUUUCAUUGCUACAGAUAAUGGAAACCCCCCUGCCACAGGUACAGGCACACUGAUCAUACGCCUGGAAGACUUCAAUGAUAACGCUCCAUUUGUGGUGCCGUCCGUCGCAAGAGUGUGUGAAGAUGCCCAUGACAUGAAUGUGGCCAUCGUCGGGGGCCGGGACAAGGACCUGCCCCCCAACGGGGCACCCUUUAAAAUAGAAUUAGGAAAGCAACCAGGCCUGGACAAAACAUGGAGGGUGACCAGAGUCAAUUCGACACACUCUCAGAUCAUGCUUCUGCACAGUCUGACGAAAGCCAACUACCAGCUACCGUUGACCAUAACUGACUCGGGGGUGCCGCCUUUGUCCAACAACACAGAAGUGAAAGUACAGGUGUGUGUCUGCAAGAAGAACAAGAUGCACUGCAGUUCGGCCCACUCCCACCACGCCAGCCUCAUGGUGAUGCUAGCGACACUCCUGAUCGUCCUAUUUUGCUUGUAGAUUCUGCUGGUUUCAUCUAUAGACCCUUUUUUCCAACAUCGAAAAGCGACGACUAACUAAACCCCACGCAACCCAGGCUUUGGAGAGAAGAAGACCGGAGGAGAGAUGUCUCGGCACAUCGAGGAGUCACGCAUCAUCAUCACUGACUUUUUCUUUUUCAAUGCUUCUUUUCUCUCUUGCAGUUUUGUUUCUUGUCCUUCUCUGUCAUAUUUAAAGAUGGUCUUGUUUUAUUUAUUUUUGCAACAAAAAGCUCAUGAGAUACUUGAAAACAUAUUGGUGUUGUAACGACGAGGGUUGCACGGAAUGCGAGUUUUCAAUUUUGUAUUCAAUAAAAUGUAUUAUUUAGACAGGCUCUUUAUUUUUAGAUCUCACGAAGAAAAAGAGGCGCAAGAGGGAGCCACCACAUUACGAUGAUGCCAUUUCACGGCGAGAUUAACGCAGCAAUUCAAAUAGGACGAGUUGAUUUUAAACAUUCUUUGGACCCAUCUUUGUUAUAGCUAAAUCUCAAAAGUCACCAAUAAACACAGAUUUAGUCCCUGAAACGACAGAAAUACUAUUUUGACUUUUUGGUUCUUGCGCCUCUCCCAAUAGCUGUGUUGAUGUAAGUGGUGGGAAGAGUUGCCCCUUGAGUUCAAUAUGGUGCAUUGAUUCAUGUAACCAGUAAAAGGAAGUGGGUUAAGGAAAUUAUUUUUUUUCAUUUGACAUUGUUUUUUAGCUGCGUAUUAAUUAAAAAAUCCUCAUUGAUGAAAAGAAAAAAUCCGUAAAUCCAUCACCUGCCUCAUCCCCUCCACAUGUUUUUUUUCUUUUCAUGACUACCUCUCUUCCUUUACUUCCCAAGGUCCUCCUUCAAUAUGUGUUGAACACUGCAAAUUCUGAGCUACUGUCUUGCAUUCGGUGGAGAGGACUGUAUUUUAUUUUGUUCGGUGUGGAAACAGGAAGGGGGAUUCUGCUUCGUUGUCCGCUGUGAUCGUGGUCGCACUUCUUAGGACAAGGUGGUAGCCAAUAAGCCUUCAAAGUCUGAAACUCUGAAGUGGAUUUGCUUCUGUUUUUAUUGCGUUAGUUGUCCUGGAGUGGAAACCAGUUUAUAGUAACGGUGUGAAAAAAUAAUAAAACCUUUAUUUUCCUCCAUUGUAUAAAUCUACAGUCUUGAUUAACUUAUGUACUUGGAUUGCAAGUUUUCUGGUCAACAACAAAGUGAAAAAAGUUGGUUUUUAUUUUUGUGAAAUUUAGAAAAAUGCUAUUGAUGUGUUGAUUAUAAUUGUGUUUUUUUUUUCUCCUUUUUUUUCAUCCGUAAUUUACAGGAUAAAUGAAGUGUCUUGGGUUUGUUCCAUGUUUUAGGUAUGUUUUGGUUCUUUCUGCCCUAAACUGUUAUCUCAGUCUAAGUCAGAUGAUGAUGUAGAAGAACACGGCCUUCAGAUUGUGGUUUUUGGUGAAUAGUUUCUCUUUUGCUCUCUACUAAAGAACACACCCGCUCGUGGGUUCCGGUGGGAGGCCACGUUUAAAGAAAUACGAUGACAUUUUGAAUGAGUUUUGUCUGUCUUUUGCACUAAUUUAAUAAAGCCGUUA